AUGAAGAUCUUCUCGAACCUAGUUUUCCUCACCGUCGCCGUGCUCUCCAGUGCCCUCAUCAUCAACGCUUCGCCCACAACCCGCACGGCACGAAUCGUCACUAACAAGCUGGAGCUUGCAAUAGAGCAGACAAAUGAUGUUGACGAGCUAGUUAGCAAUACUAACCUCUAUAAUAUGUUUGUCAAUGCACCUCUUGUCGGGAUCCAGCUUGCGGAGGUUAUUUGUACUCUGAUCAGCCUUUCAUUAACCCUCACCAAUACUGACAACAGCUUCUCGUCAAUUGAUAGCGAAGAAAUCUUUAAGCGCAUGCUCAUUCUCACCAGUAGCCAGAACGCGCUCAUGGACCGGCUCUCUGGGCGCUUCGGUCUACUCUCGAGCUUCAGUUACUCAGAGCCCGUACGGUUCUCGAUCGUAGUUCUCGCCACCACUGUCCAGCAACUCGCGGAGAAUACCAUCCGCCUGAUCCCGGCGCGGAAACAGGAGCUCGAGGACACGUUUAUGGGCGUGAGGAAGGACUACCAGAAGGUAAUGAAGAACUACUCGGGGUAUAAGCGGGCUGGCGAUUUGUAG